GCAGAGCGCACGACGCCGCCUACGCGCCAGCCGCAACCUCCUCCCGUUGUCGCCGCCAGCACAGGAGGGGGCCAAGACGUCUGUCCCACGGGGGGCGAGCGCAGGACCGCGCCAGGCGUCCAAACGGAGGAAGAUGCCUCGCGGCGACAGAGAGAGCGACUGGAGGGAAAAGGAGCAGUUCCGCAAGCUGUUCAUUGGUGGCUUAAGCUUUGAAACAACAGAGGAAAGCUUGAGGAAUUACUACGAGCAAUGGGGAAAGCUUACAGAUUGCGUGGUAAUGCGGGAUCCUGCAAGCAAAAGAUCAAGGGGGUUUGGCUUUGUAACAUUCUCCUCAAUGGCCGAAGUUGAUGCAGCCAUGGCUGCAAGACCUCACACAAUUGAUGGAAGGGUGGUGGAGCCUAAGAGAGCUGUGGCUAGAGAGGAAUCUGGCAAACCUGGUGCUCAUGUUACUGUGAAGAAACUGUUUGUUGGUGGCAUUAAAGAGGACACCGAGGAGCACCACCUUCGUGACUACUUUGAGGAAUAUGGAAAAAUUGACACUAUUGAAAUCAUUACUGACAGACAGUCUGGUAAAAAGAGAGGGUUUGGAUUUGUUACAUUUGAUGACCAUGAUCCUGUGGAUAAAAUUGUAUUGCAGAAAUAUCACACCAUUAAUGGCCACAAUGCAGAAGUAAGGAAAGCCCUCUCUAGACAGGAAAUGCAGGAAGUUCAAAAUUCUAGGAGUGGGAGAGGAGGGAACUUCGGUUUUGGUGAUGCACGUGGAGGUGGUGGCAACUUUGGUCCAGGACCUGGCAGCAAUUUCCGAGGGGGAGCUGAUGGAUACGGGAGUGGCCGUGGGUUUGGUGAUGGGUAUAAUGGAUAUGGUGGAGGGCCUGGAGGUGGCAACUUUGGUGGCAGUCCUGGUUAUGGAGGAGGAAGAGGAGGAUAUGGUGGAGGAGGACCUGGAUAUGGCAACCAGGGUGGGGGCUAUGGAGGUGGCUAUGACAACUAUGGAGGAGGCAAUUAUGGAAGUGGAAACUACAAUGACUUUGGAAACUACAACCAGCAGCCUUCCAAUUAUGGUCCAAUGAAGAGUGGAAAUUUUGGUGGCAGCAGGAACAUGGGGGGACCAUAUGGUGGAGGAAACUAUGGUCCUGGUGGCAGUGGAGGAAGUGGUGGAUAUGGAGGGAGAAGCCGUUACUGAGCUUCUGCAAGCUUGCCAUGGCUAUGAUAUGAAUCCUGGACAAGCAUAGACUGCUGCCACUGUACUCUGCUACAGUUGAACAAAUGAGACCUGCAAGUGUCCAUUAGUAAAGCUUUGCAAGGGUUCCAUCCCUGGUGUUGGUAGUUAAAAUGGUAGGUCACAUGUUAAUUAAAUCAUACCACUUUAUUUAUGCAUCCUGCAACAUUUUGUUUUUUCUUGGGAGACUGUGCAUUAUGGUGGUUGCAAGGUAAUGCAAUGAAGGUAGCGCUGUGCUGUUACAAAUGAACUGUGUUGUUCUGUGUCUUGUCGACUGUAAUCUAUAACGCGUUUCAUCCUGAAGGUUCCCAAGUAACUUUAGGCUGUUUACGUGUAAGGAAAAAAAAAAUUGCACCACAGAAUACAUCUGCCUCUGUGAAGGAAUGUGUCGUCCAUUCUUGUAACUGCAUAAGCAGUUCUUUAGGAGGAGAAGUGAAAGCUUCGAAUGAAACUGCAGGUGGUAUUUUAUGAGUGUACAAUGUAAUCACCUAAAUUGGAAUUUGGCUAGAAGAUGAGGUUUCCACCAUUUUUUAUAGUUCUUGCAGCUAAUAAACCUUAGUGCCAAAUUCAGUCAGCCUUACUCUCAUUGCAUUGAAUGUUUGAUCGUCAAAUUAACGAAAAUUUGCCAAGUAAUGAGUCAUCUGAGUAAGGGUGGCAUACUCCAUGCAAUCUGGUUUUUAAACAAAAACCCACAAAAUGUUUAAAAAAAAAAAAAAAAGCCCACAUCCUAAUUUCAAAGUUCCAUUGCUUUUGACAGGCUAAUUACUGAAGAAUGUGGACUCAGCUAACGACAGUCCUGUUCCUUUUGUGUUAGACACACCAGUGAACUGCUUAUACUUUUUAAAAAUGGCUGAAGUUCCCCUAUUGGUAAUUUGGUUUAGACAUAUGUGAUAAACUUCUUCAGAUACACUUUUUUUUUCUUUGGCAGGAAGGUGCCAUGCUGCAGGUAACUAAUGAAGAAGUGGUCAACCACAGAAACGCUUCAAGAAAUAAGAAAUUCUGUAUCAUCAGAAAAUAGUUGUUUUUGCUGCCUUCAUUAAAAACCUAGAGGUUAAAUGAAUACCGAUAAAAUAUCACAAUUAGUACAGCUCCCUGUAAUGAUGGGUUUUUUUAAAUGAUAGUAAUAAUUGUCUUGUAAACAUUUCGAAUAAAACUCAGAUCCGUUAGGAGAAACAAAUUACUAAUGUUAAAAUAGCGAACAUUCUGUGAGUUGAAGGUUUAACUACAUAUUUUUAUAACUUUCAUAGCUUUAAAAUAAAGUAUUUUUUAUACCAAAGUAGUUCUAGUGUAAUGCUUAAUAAAAUUUAGUGUGUGUCUAACAUUAAAUAAUGUUGAUUUGCAGCUUUUAGAACCUUUGACGAUUUGAAAUGUGCCAUUUUCAGGUGGAGUUAAAACCAAAUUUACUUGGCAAGUGUAUGCACAAAACUUGUAUCUCGGAAAGUAUGCAUCUGUUCUCUGUUGGGAGAAACAGUGCUGCAAACAAAACAAGCUGAUUUUUUGCUUUUGGAUGCAAUUGCUUUAAAACAGCUAUCUGGCUGGGUUUUUUUAUUGACUUAAAAAAAAAAAAAACAACCCUACUCCUUUCCCUUUAAUGCAACUUACCACUUACAACAGUUCAUCGGUAGCUUUAUCCUUCUUACCUAUAAAGAGCUUUUAGUGUCAACGAAGAAAGAUUUAAUGGAAAGUAAACUUCCUGCUGUACCAGAACCAUAUUGCUGAUGGUUGCAUCUUCAAACAACAAUCACGAGCUUGGGAAAGCUCUAGUUGGGAAUGUGUUUGAGGGAAGGUGUCUGUUCCAACCUAUUGCUUGCAUACAUAAUUGAUUCUAAACUUGAAAUGUCUGUGCCUGGUUCCAGUAGACUCAUGCGUUUAACCUUUAUUAUAAUCCCAAAACACUAUUUAAGGAUUUCAAAUGACUUUUUUUUUUUUGUAUGUCAAGUUGAACUUUGUAAUAUUUGCAUAGGUAUCCAGUGGGCUGCAAUGGAAGCAGAAAAUGAAGAUGUGCAAAAUCUGCUUUACUUUCCUCUUUCCAACAGAAUGAUUUAAUCACUUGAUUAGGAAUUUGCCUUUUUUCCUGGAACUUCAGGUUUAGUUAAUGGACGUUUUUCCUUACAGUUGACAAGUUGGCAUUCAGAUCACAUAACUACAAAAAAAUACUUCUGAAGGGAAUAAUAAUCAUCUCUCUGCUUGAUAUUUACACUCUUUCAAUAGUUUCAUAUUUACUUUACAUCAUUUGCAUGGAAGUGUAUGUUGUUUUGAUCCACUGGUGAUGGGAGUCUUCUUAAGGGGUGAGUGGUGGCGUGCAAAAACAAAGCUAUUGGAUUGAAGUCUUGAAAGCUCAUUGUUUUACUGUUAAACUUCUGCAACUUUUUCUUUUCAUGGUACAUUCUUAAGAAUUAAGACAAGAUAAUCACAAUGUUGGCUGAUGAGUUCAGCACAGAAGCUAUCAUCUUGAGUCAACCUAACACUGAAAACAAGCAAUUCUGAACAAAAACUACAGUGAUCAAUUACUGCUCCUUAAUGUGUAUUUUUUAAUUUAUGAGAAGUAGGUUUUAUGUCCCUCUGUUACCUUCUUUUGAAAACAAACUAAUGCUGUUAUUCAGGUAUGUUGCAGUUUCAUAAGAAAACAAAUCAGGUUGUAAAUUACAGGCCCAGCUUGCCUCAGCAAGCCCAUUCUGCAGCAAGGUGCAAUAAUGUGAUAGUCAAUAUGACUUGUUGGUAAAUGUUGUGGGAGGAAAAAAUGCACACUUGUGUGUUUGAAGUACAGUGGAUUGACUUACUUGUAGCAAGUGGUGGUGAAGACAAGUUAAUGUUGGGGUACUGGCUGCUCAGGCUCUAUUCUCUGUCAUUUACAAUGAAAGCUGAAUGUAAUUUGCUUUCUCUAAUACUUCAAGUGAUGAAAAGUGUAUAGGAAAUGAGAGAAGUUGCACUUACUAUCAUGUCGCAUGUUGGGAGGAAGAAUGCAUUCUUUGAGUUGUGAUGAUUGUACAUGAAAUCUUCUUACUUGGAUGGGGGAGGGGGAGGAGGUGGUGAAGCCAAACACAAAACUUAAUGCCUGUAAAGAGUUCUGUCAGCUGAUCUCAUUUCAGUAACUCAGCCACACUGGAGAAAGGGGAUAACUUGCUGAGAACAUAAUGAAGCAGUACAUUCACCCCCUGUAACUUUAGUGUUUCGAUUCAUUUUCCAAGCAGAGUGCAUGAUGCAAGUGAAAUCCUAUAAUGGUGCUGUCACUGUUUUCUUUUAGCUGAGAUGAUAAAUUCUCAUUCACACAAUCUUUACCUGGGAAACCCCCUUCAUGUUACAUUGAUCUGUUUUGCCACAAGUUAUACCUUCCCUUUUAACAGUUGUUCUCUUGCUUUGCAGCUCUUAGUGCCUGUUAGAAGCAGAAGUUUGAGUGUUAGCACUUAGGGGAAGGGAGAAGCACAUAGUCCACCAUAAAGGGUGUCUGUGGAGAAAUCCCUAUGAAAUUGUUGUUCUCAUAGAGUUUUCACCAGUCAGAUGGUUUUUUACCUUCUUGCAUACUUGGUCAGUUCCUAGGCAUUGUAUGAUGAUUUAUUAUAGCCUGUGUCAUCACUGAAGCUGCAAUGCAUUUGCACAGUACACCACAGUAAUAAAAGUUCACACAGCUGGAUGUGUCAUCUUGAUACCUGAUUCUCCAAUAAAUACAAAUUGGUGGUGGGUGUCCUGUGGUCUCUUUUAUAGGCCUCCUCUUACUCUGUUCUCUAGAAUGGUGUUUAGAGCUUCAUUUUCCAUAACUACAAGUGGGUGUAUUUGGGAGCAAAAAGGUACUGAGCUUUUCAAACUAAAGUUGAUAGCAAGGCAGUUGCAUUGUCACAUCUUCCCUCUAAGUUUCUUAGUCCUGUUGAUCAGAUCUAAAGUAAGACUUCAAGCUUUGUAGAGGAAGUCUUAAUCAGUAAAAAUGUGCUUCUGAAGAAAGUGAGGUCUACCCAACAAAACCAUCACAUGAAGCUAAAGCUACAUUGUGCUGCAGUGCUGCUAGUGCCAAGCCAAAGCUUGCGUGGUGUUAAAGCAACUGCCAUGUUCUGUGAGGGGUUGCUUACAGCAUUCCUGUCUGUAUAGUGGUUUUUCUUUUGUAAUGCUGAGAAAAUUGCAUUCUAAUAAAGUACUAAACCUAUGUUUUAACUAA